GGUAGGCGGUAGAUGAGAGAGCUGGCGCAGCUGCCGUGGUGGCAGCGGCUGAAGUGGCGGCAGCAGCGGCAGUGGUGGUGGCUGCAACAUCUUCAGGCUCGGGGUCUCGACGGCAGCGCCACCGGCAGACUGGGCUGCACGGUGCCGAGCCCGGCGCGCGGUCCGGGUUGCAGGGGCGCGUAAGAUGCCUCAGAUGGAGGAGUUUCUGAGAAGCACCUGUAGGCCAGUGGCUUUGAAUGGCAGCUUAAAGCAGAGACUAUUUGCAUCCCUGAACAUCACAUCCUGAGGCCCACAGGAGAGAAGACCAUGGCCAUGAAUUUAGACGACGACGUUCCCCUCAUCUUGACCUUGGACGAGGGUGGCAGUGGCCCACUGGCUCCCUCCAAUGGCCUGGGCGAAGAGGAGCUGCCUAGCAGAAAUGGGGGCAGCUGUGCCGUCCAUGACCUCCGGGACCCCAGCCUGAGCUCGGAGGGCGAGGGCUUCCCAUCCAGCCCCCCCGGACACAACUGGGAGAUGAAUUACCAAGAGGCAGCGAUCUACCUCCAGGAAGGUGAGAAUAACGACAAGUUCUUCACCCACCCCAAGAACGCCAAAGCGCUGGCGGCCUACCUCUUCGCACACAACCACCUCUUCUACCUGAUGGAGCUGUCCACAGCCCUGCUCCUGCUGCUGCUGUCCCUGUGCGAGGCCCCCGCCGUCCCCGCGCUCCGGCUCGGCAUCUACGUCCACGCGACCCUGGAGCUGCUCGCCCUCAUGGUGGUUGUCUUUGAGCUUUGCAUGAAGUUGCGGUGGCUGGGCCUGCACACCUUUAUCCGGCACAGACGGACUAUGGUCAAGACCUCUGUGCUGGCGGUGCAGUUCGUCGAGGCCAUCGUGGUGCUGGUGCGGCAGGCGUCCCACGUGCGGGUGACCAGGGCGCUGCGCUGCAUCUUCCUGGUGGACUGUCGGUACUGCGGCGGCGUCCGGCGCAACCUGCGGCAGAUCUUCCAGUCCCUGCCGCCCUUCAUGGACAUCCUCCUGCUGCUGCUCUUCUUCAUGAUCAUUUUCGCCAUCCUCGGUUUCUACUUGUUCUCCCCUAAUCCUUCAGACCCCUACUUCAGCACCCUGGAGAGCAGCAUCGUCAGCCUGUUCGUGCUUCUGACCACUGCCAAUUUCCCAGACGUGAUGAUGCCUUCCUACUCCCGGAACCCCUGGUCCUGUGUCUUCUUCAUUGUGUACCUCUCCAUCGAGCUGUACUUCAUCAUGAACCUGCUUCUGGCCGUGGUGUUCGACACCUUCAAUGACAUCGAGAAACGCAAGUUCAAGUCUUUGCUGUUGCAUAAGCGAACCGCCAUCCAGCACGCCUACCGCCUGCUCAUCAGCCAGCGGAGGCCCGCCGGCAUCUCCUACAGGCAGUUUGAGGGCCUGAUGCGCUUCUACAAGCCCCGGAUGAGUGCUGGGGAGCGCUAUCUCACUUUCAAGGCCCUGAACCAGAGCAACACGCCUCUGCUAAGCCUGAAGGACUUCUACGAUAUCUAUGAAGUCGCUGCCUUGAAGUGGAAGGCAAAGAGAAACAGAGAACACUGGUUUGAUGAGCUUCCUAGGACAGCGUUCCUCAUCUUCAAAGGAAUCAAUAUCCUCGUGAAGUCCAAAGCCUUUCAGUAUUUCAUGUACUUGGUGGUGGCCGUCAACGGCGUCUGGGUCCUCGCGGAGACCUUCAUGCUGAAAGGUGGGAACUUCUUCUCCAAGCACGUGCCCUGGAGUUACCUCGUCUUUCUGACUAUCUACGGGGUGGAGCUGUUCCUGAAGGUCGCCGGCCUGGGCCCCAUUGAGUACCUGUCCUCCGGGUGGAAUCUGUUCGACUUCUUCGUCACGGCGUUCGCCUUCCUGGGACUGCUGGCUCUGGCCUUCAACAUGGAGCCCUUCUACUUCAUAGUGGUUCUGCGUCCGCUCCAGCUGCUGAGGCUGUUCAAGCUGAAGAAGCGUUACCGCAACGUGCUGGACACCAUGUUCGAGCUGCUGCCCCGCAUGGCCAGCCUGGGCCUCACCCUGCUCAUCUUCUACUACUCCUUUGCCAUCGUGGGCAUGGAAUUCUUCUGCGGAAUCCUCUACCCCAACUGCUGCAAUACAAGCACAGUGGCGGACGCCUACCGCUGGCUCAACCACACCGUGGGCAACAGGACUGUGGUGGAGGAGGGCUACUAUUAUCUCAAUAAUUUUGACAACAUCCUGAACAGCUUUGUGACCUUGUUCGAGCUCACGGUUGUCAACAACUGGUACAUCAUCAUGGAAGGUGUCACCUCGCAGACCACCCACUGGAGCCGCCUCUACUUCAUGACCUUUUACAUCGUGACCAUGGUGGUGAUGACUAUCAUCGUAGCCUUCAUCCUCGAGGCCUUCGUCUUCCGAAUGAACUUCAGCCGCAAGAACCAGGACUCGGAAGUGGACGGCGGCAUCACGGUGGAGAAGGAGAUGUCCAAGGACGAGCUGCUGGCCGUGCUCAAGCUGUACCGGGAGGUGCGGGGAGCUGCUUCCGACGUCACCUGGCUGCUCAAGAUCCUCUCGCAGAUGGAGAGAAACGAGCAAAACGCCGUGGUGUUUCUGGGACGCAGAUCGAGGACCAAGAGCGACCUGAGCCUGAAGAUGUACCAAGAGGAGAUUCAGGAGUGGUACGAGGAGCACGCCCGGAAGCAGGAGGAGCAGCAGCGCCAGCUGGACGGCAGCAGCGUCCCCGCCGCCCAGCAGCCCCCGGGCAGCCGCCAGCGCUCGCAGACCAUCACCUAACCCCGGCGCGCACACACGCAAGCCAUCUCUUCUAUGCAAUAACACAAUAGUAUUAUGUUACUACGACGUACCAGAAUGUGUGCGUAUGCACAUAUGCACAUGUUCACAUAUAUGCACCUAUUUAUAUAGAGGAAAAGGGAGACAGACGUUGUCCUUAACCCCAGGAGCCAGUUUGCUCGGGGCGGGGGGCCGUCCAGCCCCUAGGAGCCCUUCCUAGCACAGAAAGCUCCAGAAGGCGAUUUUACAAGAGGACCGCUGGGAUCGAUGCUGCCCAUCGCUGCAGGGCCCGGCUUCAGCGCCGGCCAGCCCUCCCUAGGCCAUGCCCACGCCCACGCCGUCCUCCUGGCGCCGCUCUCGUGGCUCGCCCCAGCUGACAGCUUCCCCACUAACUCCCCCUGUGGCCACGUCACGGGUCUCUGUGUCUUGCUUUAGGGACAGAACCACUCACGAAGGAAAGAACCCACACCCUUGGGGUUCAUAUUUCUAUAUAUAUAUGAUAAUGCCGUCGAGCGUCCCCUUGGGGGACCUGGGCCUCAGCCCUAGCGGAAAGAGGAGCCGAGGGGUGUUACUCUUGCACGCGGGCAGACCCCCGCCAGGGCUGGGCAGCGGAGACGCCGCGGACGCAGUCCGUGCCCUGGCUCUGUCCACCUCUGCACACGCCCCUUCUGGCUCGGGUGCAGUGCUUGUUGCUGACAGUCCUGCUGUGGCCUCGUUUGGAAUCCGGGCCCAGCAGCAGGAGGAAGGCAGCCAGGGGCCGGCCCACGGCUGCCACCCAGACCGACUCCCGACUCCCGGAACGGGCUUUCUCCACGAAAUCCCGCCUCCUGCUUGCGACUGUCCUGUCCAAGCACAAGGCCUGUCGGUUAACGCGGGGCUCUGCUGAAGACAACGCAGAUGCCUCACACAUGAGCGCUGGGUUCCACUGCUGGGAACAGAGAGAAGGGCACAGAGACGGCCCCACGGGGCGUCCGCAGCGGCCCUGUGGCUGAGCCUGGGGGGCCACUUGCCCCUCGCCCCAGGGCGUCCUGGGAGGAGUGGUCGGCACAGCCCUUCCAGUGCCCCUGGCACCCGGGAGUUCCCUGAGAUCAGUGUGGCCGGGUAGGACUGACACUCGAACCCAGAGCAGGCCAUCGGGGGUGGCUGCUCUGGGGAACGUGGUGGUGGUGGUGGCACAGGCAGGGUCAGUGGAGGGGGCAGGGGCAGCCCCAACCCAACCCCAGCUCUCCAGCUGCCCCCACCGCCUCCUGUGACCGAGGAAGGCAGGUGAGCAGAGGUUCUGGUGCCAGGCCCUCUCCCCAGCAGGGCAGGGCCCCGCCCCAGGGGUGUCAUACCCAGCUGACCACUCCCUGGCCAUCUCCAAGGCCAAGCCUGACCCCCGCAGCCAACACUGCACAGCUCUGCCCCUCCCCGGGGUUUGGGGGGUGAGAAGGGUGGGCACUGUUGUUCUCGCAGCACGGCCCUUCGGGGGAAAUGAGGAAUCGCCGAGGUUCCCACAGGGGUCAAGAGGCUGAUGCCGUCUCUGGAGGACCGACCACAGCCAUGGCGGGCAGCUUGGCGCCGAGCCCCAGCCGGAACCAGGUCCCCUGCCCCGGGAAGGAGCUUCACUUGCAUACCGGGUGCCUUGCAGCUUCUGCGCACUGAAAUGGGCCUUUGGGAGCGGGCGUCCGGGGGCAGCCUCUGCAGGAGGGCAGGGGGCCCCCAGCUUGAGCCUCUGAGGCCUCGUUCUAGUCCCAUCCUCCACCCCCAGGGGCUGCAAACCUGGGAGGGGCACCAGGGCGUUGAGGCCCCCCAGUGUGAGGGCCGGUACCAGGAAGGAGGGCUUUAGGCCAGCCCCCCUGACCCCGUCCUGAGCUUUGGCUCAGAGGGGAUGAAGUCCAAGGGCCAAUAGUGCUGACGGGCCUUCGUCACUGAGGCUAAGGACAGCUGUCCACACAGGGUCACCUCUGGCCUCCUCGUCAAGCUGAUCCCAAACUUGCACAUAGGUUCAUGGAGCAGGGAGCGGGUGUCCACAUAGGUUCUUGGAGCAGGGAGCGGGUGUCACCCAGGGCCGUGAGCUCUGAGGGACCCAGGACGUCAUCCAGCUCAGAGGGCCCCGUUCCUGUGUCAGCUGAGUGAAAACAGGCUGACUUGCCCUGGGUCGAGCAACCCGUCAGUGGCCCUGAUGGCCCUGUGCCCCCCCACCCUGCUUCAGGUGGGAUGCCAUCCACCCCCUCCCUGUGUCCCUCCCCCCACCCAGCCUUACUCCACACCACGUGACAAUCAUUUUGUACGGAUAGCGGGAACAACCCUGAGGUUUUGUACAUUGGCGAUUUGUUUCCUAGAAAACCCACUGUGUGUCGGACUUCUGGCAUAUUAAUAAAAGCGCCUCUGCUUUGUA